AUGCAUAUAAUAUCUCACAAUGUGGAUAGACCAACAGAUCCAUCUAAUCCCAAUGAGACUUCUUUGGAAGGAGUUCAUACAGUAGACAAUUCAUUGGCCUGUUUGGAGUGCGGGAAAUGUUUCACUGACAACAGAGCACUUCUUAGACACCAGAGAUCUCACACACAUGAACAUCCUUCUUCCUCCUUGGAUUUUGGGAACUUUUCUACUAAGAAAGGAAAACAUCCUACACACCAGACAAAUGACAUAAGUGAGCAUCCAUUUUCCUGUUCAGAGUGUGGGAAAUGUUUUAAUAGGAAAGGAAAACUUGAUAGACACCAGAGAAUUCACACAGGUGAACGUCCUUUUUCAUGUUCAGAGUGUGGGAAUUGUUUCACACACAAAGAGAAUCUUCUCAGACACCAGAGAAUUCACACAGGUGAGCGUCCUUUUCUCUGUUUAGAGUGCGGGAAAUGUUUUGCUAAGAAAGAAAAACUUGUUACACACCAGCGAACUCACACAGGCGAGCGUCCAUUUUCCUGUUUAGAGUGUGGAAAAUAUUUCACUCAGAAAAAAAUACUCCUUAUACACCAGAGAAUUCACACAGAAUUCACACAGGUGAGCGUCCUUUUUCAUGUUCUGAGUGCGGGAAAGUGCGGGAAAUCUUUUGCUUACAAAGGGGACCUUUUUAUGCACCAGAGAAUUCACACAGGCGAGCGUCCUUUUUCCUGUUCAGAGUGCGGGAAAAGUUUCACAGAGAAAGGAGGCCUGCUUAGACACCAGAAAAUUCACACACAGGAACGUCCUUUUUCCUGUUCACAGUGCGGGAAAUGUUUCACUCAGAAAGGAGACCUUCUUAGACAUGAGAGAAUUCACACAGGGGAGCGUCCUUUUUCUUGUGCAGAGUGCGGGAAAUGUUUCACAGAAGCACUUUUUACACAUCAGAGAACUCUCACACAUGAACAUCCUUCUUCCUUUUCCAAUGACGGGAAAUGUUUCACUAUGAAAGGACACCAGAGAAUUCACACAGGGGAGCGUCCUUUUUCCUGUUCAGAGUGCGGGAAAUGUUUCACAGAGAAAGGAGGCCUUCGUAGACACCAGAAAAUUCACACAGGUGAGCGUCCUUUUUCCUGUUUGGAGUGUGGGAAAUGUUUCACUAAUAAAGGAAAACUUUUUAUACACCAGAGAAGUCACACGGGUGAGCGUCCUUUCUCCUGUUCAGAGUGUGGGAAGUGUUUCACUCAGAAAGGAAUCCUCCUUAUACAUCAGAGAAUUCACAGAGGUGAGCGUCCUUUUUCCUGCUCAGAGUGCGGGAAAUGUUUCACUCACAAAGGAGAUUUUUUUAUACAUCAGAGAAUUCACAAAGGUGAGCGUCCUUUUGCAUGUUCUGAGUGCGGGAAAUGUUUCACAGAGAGAGGAGGCCUUCUUAGACACCAAAGAAUUCACACACAUGAGCGUCCUUUUUCCUGUUCAGAGUGCGGGAAAAGUUUCAGUCAGAAAGGAGGCCUUCUUGUACAUCAGAGAACACACACAGGUGAGCGUCCGUUUUCCUGUUCAGAGUGCGGGAAAUGUUUCACAGAGAAAGGCGGCCUUCUUAGACACCAGAGAAUUCACACAGGCGAGCGUCCUUUCUCAUGCGCAGAGUGUGGGAAAUGUUUCACUCAGCAAGGAAGCCUUCUUAAGCACCAGAGAAUUCAUACUGGUGAGCGUCCAUUUUCCUGUUCAGAGUGUGGGAAAUGUUUUACUGAGAAAGGAAGCCUUCUUACACACCAGAGAAUUCACACGGGUGAGAGUCCUUUUUCCUGUUCAGAGUGUGGGAAAUGUUUCAGUCAGAAAGGAAAUCUUAUUAUGCACCAGAGAAUUCACACAGGUGAGCGCCCCUACUCGUGCUUGGAGUGCGGCAAAUGUUUCAUUCACAAGACAAACCUUCUUGUCCACCAGAGAAUUCACACAGGGGAGCGUCCCUUUUCCUGUUCAGAGUGCGGGAAAUCUUUCACUGAGAAAAGCGUACUCCUUACGCACCAGAGAAGUCACACAGGCGAGCGUCCUUUCCCUUGUUUAGAGUGCGGGAAAUGUUUCCUUCAAAAAGGAGACCUGCGUAGACACCAGAGAAGUCACACAGGCGAACGUCCCUAUUUGUGUUCAGACUGCGGGAAAUGUUACUCUCGGAGAACAGAGCUGCGUACACAUCAGAGAAUUCACACGGGUGAAUAUCCUUUUUUGUGCUCAGAUUGCGGAAAGCGUUUCUCCAGGAAAGCAAGCUUUCUCACUCACCAGAGAGUUCACACAGGUGAGCGUCCUUUUUCAUGUUCACAGUGCGGGAAAAGUUUCAGCGAGAGAGAAAAGCUUCGUAGGCACCAGAGAAUUCACACGGGUGAACGUCCUUUUUCCUGUUCCGAUUGUGGGAAAUCUUUCACUGAGAAAAGUGUGCUUCUUACACACCAGAGGAGUCACACAGGCGAGCGGCCUUUCUCGUGUUCAGAGUGCGGGAAAUGUUUCAUUCAAAAAGGAGACCUUCGUAGACAUCAGAGAACUCACACAGGGGAGCGUCCGUAUUCCUGUUCAGAGUGCGGGAAAUGUUACUCUCGGAAAGCAGAACUCCGUAUACACCAGAGAAUUCACACGGGUGAUUAUCCUUUUUUAUGCUCAGUUUGCGGGAAAAGUUUCAAUUACAAAGAAAAACUUCGUAGACACCAGAAAACUCACACCGGCGAGCGUCCUUUUAUGUGCCCUGACUGUGGGAAAUGUUUCAUCGAGAAAGGAAAACUUCUUGCACACCAGAGGAGACACACGGGUGAACGUCCUUAUUCAUGUUCAGAGUGCGGGAAAUCUUUUUAUGAGAAAAGGAAUGUUCGUAAUCACCAGAGAACUCACACUGGUGAAAGUGCGGGAAAUGUUUCACACACAAAGUAA